CAACUUUUUCCCGGUUUCAUUAUGUUAAUUUCGUUGAAACUGCAUCUUUUCUUCUAGUUUCUAAAAUUAGCGUAGGGAACGGAACCUGUUUUUAUGGGCCAAGCUGAUAGGUGUCAGUAUCGUGCACCGUUCGUUCCUUCCGUGUACUUGUUAUUAAGUUUUUAUAUUGACUGGUGAUUUUGGAGGUCGAAUAAACUUCGAACAAAACGCAUACAAAGAGAUUUCUGGCCUCCACGUGUACGUUAAGCUCUGGUUCCCCGCGACCCCGCAUAGGACAAGCGGUUCAGACGAUGUGUGAACGGAUCAGAUGUCGAUGGCCGCCGUUUUAAGGACUACAAAUCCCAGAGGCAAAGCGACUUGUGUGCGCCUCGUGCUCCAGCCCCGGGAGACAAACUCGACCACCUCGUCCUUUGGCGCACAGCGUGCUCCGGGUCUGCAACUAGCGGAGUUGAGAAAGAGGGGGAAAACGCCUUUUUUUUAAUUAUUAUUAUAAAUAAAAAAAAAUAAAAUAAAAAAAGGUAAAAUACAUUUCUCCUUAAAAAGUUUGAUUGUUUGGCAGGGGAAACAACAGCGCCAGCGCAGCGGUCCUUCAGUUUGACCGGCUGCUGAGGAAAGACUCCGGAGAGUCCUCAGGCUCAGGAUGGUCGGAUUAUAAAUUCGGGGAUGUAGUUCGCGAACAAAAGCCGCCGGGGUCCGAAGCGGGCUGGGAUCAUCGGUUCCGUGUUUCGUUUCCGGAUGGAACAUCAUCAUGGACGUGGAAGGACAAUGGACUGAAUGGUGGAAGGACCAGCUGGCUGCAGACAUUCAUCAGGCUCUUCGAGUCAAGGAGUUGAAAUUGCCAGCAUACCGAGCCCACUCCCCUCAGAUCAGCAUGCGGCGAUACUUUGCGGACCUGCUCGCUAUGCUCAGUAACCGCUGCCAGCUGUGCCACACGGCACGCCACCUGGCAGUGUACCUCCUGGACCUCUUCAUGGACCACUAUGAUGUGGCUUUUAAGCAGCUCUAUGUCAUCGCCCUGUCCUGCCUGCUCUUGGCCAGUAAGUUUGAGGAGAAAGAGGACCAUGUGCCCAAGUUGGAGCAGCUCAAUGCCCUGGGUUUCAUGCGCAGCCUGAACCUAGUGCUCAACAAACAGGACCUGAUCCGAAUGGAGCUGCUGCUGCUGGAGACGUUUGGCUGGAACCUGUGCCUCCCUACAGCCGCCCACUUCAUCGACUACUACCUCAGCGUCUCUGUGCAGGAGGGUGACCUGCACAAUGGCUGGCCCCUCUGCUCCCUCUCCAAGACCCGGGCUUUCAUGGACAAGUACAGCAACUACUUCUUGGAGGUCUCUUUGCAGGAUCACACAUUCCUGAGCUUCCGGCCAUCUCAGAUAGCAGCAGCCUGCGUGGCGGCCUCACGUAUCUGUCUGCAGAUCUCCCCUGGAUGGACUGCUGCUCUGCACCUGCUUACUGGCUACACCUGGGACCACCUGGCUCAGUGCGUUGAGCUCAUGCUCAUUGCUCAUGACAAUGACUUGCAAGGGGGAAAUAAAGCCAAAUCCUCCCCUCUUCAGGACCAAACCACACUGCAAACCAGAAACCAAUCUGCGAACCCUUCUUCUUCUUCCUCCUCCACCUACUCCCAGCACCUGCUCUUCCACCCAGGCAGUUACUCUCAACUGUCACAGCACUCUGGGACUUUAUCUCAGCUGCACAUAACUGACACACAGGUUCUGGGGCCUGUGGUGCCUGAAGACUACCUCCAGUCUCACCGGGUUGGGCUGUUCUCCAGCUCAGCUGUUGGGAGUGCCCUCCACUCGUAUCCGGAAUUGGGCUCAGGGCUGCAUUCCCUGUCUACCCAGGGAUCCCUAUCUAUGCAGGUAUCCCUCAUGACCGAGCCACGUCAUUGCCUGGAUGUCACCUAUGGGGGAGGGUAUGUGUCCUCCCAUCACAGCUUUGCUGCAAGCUGCUUUGACAGGUGACAUUAAGAGAGAGAGUGUGAAGUGACUGAGAGCUCAGACCAGAACUACCUUCUCCCAAACCGUGUAUCUCCUGCUUUUUAGCACAGGCCACUGUGUGGCCAUAAAACAAAAUGUGUAAUCAGCAUAGAUUUGGUGACAACCAAAGCAAAUAAACAUUUCUGUUAUCUCCAUUUCUGAAGUAUAGAAAACACUAUUUUACGAAUUGGUUGAGAUUGUAGACACUAAGACUAAAGGGUUUGCUAAGACUUUGUAGCAGUGCUCAUGUUCAACGUGUCGUCUGUGGAAUGGAUGAGGGGCGUUAUUUCCUUUCCUGAGAGAAGGUCAUAUCUUGGUCUCACGUUGUGGGGAAACUGCUGACGGUAAAAAUGGGAGAAUGGAGCAACACCAAAGUCGGGCCCUGACGUUGGAAACUCGUGCAUUGUGUACCACAUUCCAUCUUGCUGACAACGUAGCGUUGUUUUUCUAUGAGGACUCCUGGAGUUUCAGUUUGACCCUCAUCGAACCAAGAUGCAGUGACACUGGUUGUGGAAAGCAGUUUGUUAAAACUUUGUAAUGCUGCUGCCUCAUGAGCAGAGUUUUGUUACUAUGAGAAGUGGGUUCACAUAGUACAAUUUACAUAAAUCACAUGACUUCAGGGACUGAUAAGUGACUUGAAGAUGCCACUGCAUACCUCUUUCCUUUUUUUUUUAAAAUUUAUUUUGUAUAUUUCUCAAGCUUUUUGUUCUGUGUAACAGCAUGUAUAUGCUGGCUGUAGAAUGGUGCAUCUAGUUCCUUCAGCCUCUGGCCUGGAUUUAGUUUUAAGAAGUGACCUUUUUUUUCUACCUUGCUCAUUCCAUAAUAUCAGUUUUUCCUUUAAAUUGGGUCCUGCUGAUGUCAUCAGUUUUGCCAAACUGUAAACUGAAUUGAUUCAUUAACAUUGAACUGUUGGCUCUUUGUCAUGUUUUAAUUUUUCAUGAUGUACUACUUUUAAGAGUAAAUGCAUCCUUCCCAACUGAUUUACCUGGCAGGGGAUCCAUCUCUGAAAUCUAACAGAGGAGCCAUACUGCUGUGAAACCUGCUAUUUCCGCAGAGGGGGAACUAUUCAAUAGCUUACUUGAAAUGUGGCCUUAAUUUACAGUAUGUGUAGAUUUCUAUGAAAUCAGUUUUUUUUUUUUUUAAUAAAGUGUUCCCUUCAUGUUCAGUAUACACAUAACCACCACCCAUAAAUUUCAGGCCACCUGUAGAACUGUGUUCCCUCUGCUGUAUACUGAGCUGACAUGUGAAACAUGUACAAUGAGAAUUAAAAAUACUGGACAGCUCAUCCCUCCACCUGUGACACUUCUGCCCCCACAUGCAGAGUUGUGGGAAAGCUUGUGGCUGUUUUCGUACCUAGAUGGGCUCCUAGAGAACCACUCUGGCCAUUGCUGUGGGGGUGUGGGAUGGGCUGCACAUUAAGAAAUCUUUUCUUUUUUUAAAAAAAGAGAAAACCUCUUCUGGGGUCUCAGUGGGAGCCUCAGUAGUGCUCACAGUAGACAGUUGUGAUGUUUUCAUCACACACUUCUUUUUGUGUGGGUGUGGGUGUAUUGACUAUACUAUUGUGUUCAGCACCUGGAGUACUAUGUACUAACACAGUUACUACUAAUGGGCAGGUGGGAUGGAUCUUGGCAGUGAGGGAUCUGCAGGAGAGACUUAUUUGACCUCAUCAAUCAGCAUUUACUCCACAAUCUGCUGACAAGUGACUUUCUAUUAGGGCUUCUUUUGAACUACCUCACUGUGCUUGGUUUUGUUUUUUACUAAAUCGCUGAAAUGUUACUGUAUUUCAUCUGUUUCUCAUACCAGGUAUAUUUAAGUAUAAUUUAGUGUUUCAGUACAUCUCACUUCAUGUUAAUAUUGUUCUUGUAGAGUGGUACAUUUCUAUUUAGUUCUGUCUGAGAUUUAUACUUUUUUGUUACACUGGGCCUCGGUUGCUACAGUUGUUUAUGGAAAUAGACUUUUCCUUUUAGGAAAUCUUGAGGUGCAAUAUUUUUUUGUGAAUUCAGAGUAUUGUUUAAGUUUAGUCUGAAUUCUUUAUAGAUUUUGGUUGAAAAUAUAUUUGCUUAUGUGUUCCUCAAAGAAAAGUGUCAUAGUUUUGGUUCUUGAAUGUGCUUUACAGAUUUUUUUUUUUUUUUUUUUUUUUAAUGUGAAUUUAAUUCCCCCAACUCUGACAAAUAGAGUAUUAACCACGAAUCCAUCUCAAAGCCACACAGUGUUGGCAAAUGCAAAAAAUAACCUUUUUUUUUUUUUUUUUUUGGUAUUCUUACCUCCCCCCUCACCCCAUGGGAUUACCCUUCUCUUGCAGUACAAGGUGGGGAAGGAUGACCAAAGGUAUCAGAACAGAUCAGUAUAGGCUGAAACUGGCACAUAAAUAAAGAUGUGAUGA